AUGUUCAUCGCGCGGUCAGAAUAUGAUCGCGGCAUCAACACCUUCUCGCCCGAAGGCCGCCUCUUCCAAGUCGAAUACUCCCUCGAAGCCAUCAAGCUAGGCUCAACCGCAAUCGGCAUCUCGACCUCAGAAGGUGUCAUCCUGGGCGUCGAGAAGCGCAUCACCUCCUCCCUCCUCGAAACCUCCUCCGUCGAGAAGAUCGUCGAGAUUGACAGACACAUCGGAUGCGCCAUGUCCGGUCUGCAAGCCGACGCCCGCAGCAUGAUCGAGCACGCGCGAGUAACGAGCCAGAAUCACGAGUUCCACUACAACGAGCGGUUAGGCGUGGAGAGUUGCACACAGGCUAUCUGCGAUCUCGCGCUGCGGUUCGGCGAGGGUGCGGAUGGUGAGGAGAGUAUCAUGAGUCGGCCGUUUGGUGUUGCGCUGUUGAUUGCGGGAUACGAUGAGGAGGGUCCAUCACUCUACCACGCAGAGCCAUCAGGCACAUUCUACCGAUACGACGCCAAGGCUAUUGGAUCGGGCUCAGAGGGUGCACAGGCCGAGCUGCAAAACGAGUUCCACAAGUCUCUGACAUUGCCAGAGGCUGAGGUGCUGGUGCUCAAGACGCUGAAGCAGGUCAUGGAAGAGAAGCUGGAUUCGAAGAACGUGCAGUUGGCAAGCGUGACCAAGGACAAGGGUUUCCGAAUCUACACGGAUGAGGAGAUGGCUGGUGUUGUCGGCAGGCUGGAGGGCAACUGA